UUCCACACGGAAAGAAACGCACGCACUCUCGCCGCUCCCUUUCCUCUUUCGCUGCCCAGUUUCAUCCAGCCAGCUGGCUUCAUAGCUGGCGAGCGACUAGUCUAAUCUCACCAACCGAGCUGCACCGGCCCCCCGCAACACUACGGCCCUGGACACGUUUUCCGCUCACGGACUGUUUAAACAAAUAAAUACGAUUUUCGCGGAAAGGGGGUGAAAUAUAACGUAAAGUAGUUGAAGAUGAUUAAGCUUUUUUCUCUUAAACAGCAGAAAAAAGACGAAGAGUCUGCGGGAGGGAACAGAACAGGAGCCGGUGGUAAAAAAGCAAGCGCGGCCCAGCUUCGAAUACAGAAAGAUAUCAAUGAGCUCAACCUCCCAAAGACGUGUGAGAUUCUCUUUCCGGACCAGGAUGACCUGCUGAACUUCAAACUCGUCAUUUCACCCGAUGAGGGAUUUUACAAAGGGGGGAAGUUUGUCUUCAGCUUUAAGGUUGGACAGGGCUACCCUCAUGACCCCCCGAAGGUGAAGUGCGAGACCAUGGUGUAUCACCCCAAUAUCGACCUCGAGGGGAACGUCUGCUUGAACAUCCUGAGGGAGGACUGGAAGCCCGUGCUGACGGUAAACUCCAUCAUAUACGGUCUACAGUAUCUAUUUUUGGAGCCCAACCCAGAGGAUCCGCUGAACAAGGAGGCGGCGGAGGUGCUGCAGACCAACAGGCGCCUGUUCGAGCAGAACGUCCAGAGAUCGCUAAGAGGCGGAUACGUGGGGGCCACUUACUUCGAGCGGUGUCUCAAAUAGUUUCCGAAAAAAAGUCCUCCCGUUUAAAAAAAAAAAAAAAAAAAAAAAACUAAAACAAAAAAGAAAAACAGACCCUUUGCAACCCAACACAGACAGACACACAGACCGGGGGGACGGAUUUCCGCGGCGGGCGACGGGGGCAUCGGUCAGUGAACGUUUCUCGCUGAACGCUGGAUUGGCAUCAGGGCCACCACAGAGCCCCUGGGUGUUGUAGCUGAGACUGACGCACUGACCGAUCCUCACUCCAGCAUGGGCCGACAGCACUGACUGGACACACAUUUUACUGGUGUUCGCCUGAGUCGCUUGACGGACACAGUGGUACACAUAUGAACAUAUGGGGAUGCUUCUCUCGACCUUCAGACCCAAACCUGGACAGGACUUCAUGCAGACUGUAAUGACUUUAUCACUGACUUAACCCUGAAGGACACACACACACACACACGCUUACACUCUGAAACAUGUGCAUGCACACACACACACACACACACACACUCACACACUUACACUAAGAAACAGGCACAAGCACACACACGCUUACACUCAGAAUCAUGUCCAUGCACACACACACACACACACACAUACACACACACACACAAGCACACACACUUACGCUCUGAAACACACACACAGUACAGACUACAGUACUUGCAGAAGCAGGCUGAUGAACAGACGUGAUUGACAGACAGUAAUGCAUACAGGGCUUGUAUGGGAUUGGGAGACCUAUGUUUUUUGUUUUAUGGUUUUUGGAGGGGGGCUUACUUUGAUUUGGGGAUGGGGGGCGGGGGGGCAGGGGCUUAAAAUGUUAUUGUAAUGUUGCAUAUAUUGAAAUCCCAGCUGUUAACAAUGACUGCAAUAUGAAUAAUAUAAAAUAAAAUAUGAACAUGAAUGAUUCUAAUUAUAUUAUGUUUAAUACAACCCAUGACAUAUAUUUGAAGCUGGAUAAAUAAAAAUAGUUUGUUUUUUUUA